UUACAUUUAAUAUCAGUCGAUAUGUUACUCGUUGGUUGUGUAUGCUGUUUAUUUGGUUUACUUAUUAUUUAACUGUAUAUCCUUGGGGAUAAUGAGUGAAACGGGUGCGAAAGUUAUAUAAAGAAAGUAAUAUCUUCACUAUGGAACACGAAAUCAUUCGAAUAUUCGCUGUAAGGUGCCGUAAAAACGAAAAUGAUUGAAUAUACCACAAGAAAAAUUUCCUAUUAGCAUCCAAUUAAAGUGUUAAGGAAAUCGAUUAUGCAUAGCGAAUACGAAUAUAACGUAGACAUGCACAAUAAGUGUUGCGGAGGACGAUUUUGGUGUAUCCGCGACAUUUGUGGAAUUAUUUGUGCAAUAUUAACUUGGAUGUUGAUUUUGUAUGCAGAAUUCGUUGUUAUGACUGUUAUAUUGCUCCCAAAUCCUUACACAGUCUAUAGUGUUAUUAAUAUUAUUGUUUUUCAAAUUCUCGCAUUUUUGGCUUUUGCCUCACAUUUACGUACUAUGUUUGCAGAUCCAGGUGCAGUACCAAAAGGAAAUGCAACAAAAGAAAUGAUUCAACAGAUGGGUUUUCGAAAAGAAACGGUUAUAUUUAAAUGUCCUAAAUGUUGUAGUAUAAAGCCAGAAAGAGCUCAUCAUUGUUCUGUUUGUCAAAGAUGCAUUAGAAAAAUGGAUCAUCAUUGCCCUUGGGUCAAUAAUUGUGUAGGAGAGAAUAAUCAAAAAUAUUUUGUUUUAUUCACGUUUUAUAUAGCAAAUCUAUCUAUACACUCUCUGUUCCUUGCUGUAAAUCAAUUUAUGGCAUGCAUAAGACACGAAUGGAAAGAGUGCACAUCAUAUUCACCACCGGCGACGGUAAUCUUAUUACUUUUCCUCUGUUUCGAAGCAUUACUUUUCGCCGUUUUCACCGCGGUUAUGUUGGGUUCGCAAGUUCAAGCAAUAUGGACAGACGAAACAGGAAUCGAACAAUUGAAAAAGGAAGAAGCGCGCUGGGCGAAAAAAUCGCGUUGGAAAAGUAUCCAAGCGGUUUUUGGCCGCUUUUCUGUACACUGGUUUUCGCCUUUCACCAAGCCCACAAUGAAAUCCAAGUCGGAAUAUUAUUUAUAUCCAGUUUAGUUGAAGUUACAUUAGAGAUACAUUUUCAUUUACAUAAAUGUGAUUUAUUAAAUAGCGUAAUUUGUACAGCGUAGAUUGAUCAAUUAGUAAUAAUCUAACUUAAAUGUUUUAUGAAGCACUUUUAUCCGUUUUUUAAAAUAUUUUUAUAUUAUGUAUUAGACUUAUUUACAAAAUAUAUU